ACGGUCACACUCAGCUAGCUGGCGAGUCCGACGAGUUUUGUUAUUGGCGGAGAAAAAACCAGAAUAGAAAUUACGGUGGUUUAUAAAUUCUCAGUUAAGCCGAUUUCUCAGCCCCAUUAUUCUCUGUUCUGACCGAUCUGCGAUCGAAUCGGAACCCCGAAACUCGAGCGGCCGUGCGUAUUUUUUUCUGUUUUUGCCCCCUCGUGUGCAACAUCAGUGAACUAGAGCGGCCCACCGAAAAAAAAUUAUAAAGUGAAAUUGCCUUUUGCGGCAAAUAAGAAAAAAUAAUUCUAAAAAAAAAGAAAACAACAAUUGGUAACGGAAAUUGUUGUUUACAUUAAAGUAUAUAAGUAUAACGGGCGUCGCUGUGUGCGUGCGUGUGUGCGUGUAGUUGUUGCGCCAAAAAUUCCAAUCGGAAUUCUGGAACAGCUGGCCACAACAACAAAACGCGGCCAAGAACAAUUUAGCUGCUGAAAAAUGGGCGACUUCGAUCUGAAUGUGGACAGUUUGAUACAGCGGCUGCUGGAGAACUUUAAAAAGCAAAAAGAGGCCGAAGAGCACGCCCAGAAGCUGCUAAUCGCUCAACAAUUGGCCGCCGCCGGCGGAGCGGCCGCCGCCGUGGCCACCGCUUCAGCGGCCGCCGCCGCUGCCGCCGUUUCCGCAUCAUCGCCCACGAUCAGCAGCAGUUACUCGGCGUUGGCGGCCUCUUUUGGAUCCGGAUACGGAUCGGGAUCGGGAUCCGGAUCGGGAUCGGGAUCGGGGUCAGGAUCUGGGGCUGGCGCGGGGUCCAGUCACGAUCCGCUGGAAGAGCUCACCGAACAGCAGCGACGACUGCUGCAACAGUACUCGAUAUCGCCGCCCAGCGAGACGAUGAUAUCGGCCGACGGCGACCAGAUCACCGUCCAUCAUCCGCGCGAGGAGCCCAAGAAAUCCAGAUUGAAACUGCGCGACUUUUUCGUCGCCGAGUUUGUGCGCAGCUGCCGAACGGGCAAACAGGUGCAGAUGACCGAGGCGGAGGUGCGCGGCCUGUGCCUCAAGUCGCGCGAGAUCUUCUUGCAACAGCCCAUCCUGCUGGAGCUGGAGGCCCCGCUGAUCAUCUGCGGCGACAUCCACGGCCAGUACACAGACCUGUUGCGGCUAUUCGAGUACGGCGGAUUCCCGCCCGCCGCCAACUACUUGUUCCUCGGCGACUAUGUCGAUCGGGGCAAGCAGUCGCUGGAGACCAUCUGCCUGCUCCUGGCCUACAAGAUCAAAUAUCCGGAGAACUUCUUCUUGUUGCGCGGCAACCACGAGUGCGCCAGUAUUAAUAGGAUUUACGGCUUCUACGAUGAGUGCAAGCGCCGAUACAACGUCAAACUGUGGAAGACCUUCACGGAUUGCUUCAACUGUCUGCCGGUAGCCGCCAUCAUUGACGAGAAGAUCUUCUGCUGCCACGGCGGCCUCAGUCCCGAUCUUCAAGGCAUGGAGCAGAUCCGGCGGCUAAUGCGGCCCACGGAUGUGCCGGACACCGGGUUGCUGUGCGACCUUCUGUGGAGCGAUCCCGACAAAGACGUUCAGGGCUGGGGCGAGAACGACCGCGGUGUGAGCUUCACGUUCGGCGUGGAUGUGGUCUCCAAAUUCUUGAACCGGCACGAGCUCGACUUGAUCUGCCGUGCGCAUCAGGUUGUGGAGGAUGGCUAUGAGUUCUUUGCGCGUCGCCAGUUGGUCACAUUGUUCUCGGCGCCAAACUACUGUGGAGAGUUCGACAACGCCGGCGGCAUGAUGACCGUGGACGACACGCUCAUGUGCUCAUUCCAGAUCCUGAAACCAUCCGAGAAGAAGGCCAAGUAUCUGUACAGCGGAAUGAACUCGUCGCGACCCACAACACCGCAGCGCAGCGCCCCAAUGCUUGCGACCAACAAGAAGAAAUAAUAUAUCCAUCCGCUUCCAUUUCCUUAAAGGUUCAACAAACAACAGAAAUAAACUUUUACAUAGAUACACACAUAUAUAUACAUAUAUAAAUAUAAAGGGAUAGAGAUAGAGAACGAAGGCGACAGUAAAUUAAAUCAUAAAUGAAAUGUGUGAGCCAACGAUAACGAAUCGAGCAAAAUCGAAGUGCGUGAAGAUAAACAUUUAUGUGUAUCCGUCAUUAUCUGUAAACAUAUAGCAUGUUUGGAUUCCGUGUUUGUUAACUUGAUUACCCUAUCCGUGCACCUGCGUGUUGCAGCAGCAGCAGCAACAUCAGCGGCAGAAACACCAGCAGCAGCAGCAGCAAUUCGGAAACAACCACAGGCCCCAGUUAAGUCGAUUCCUGCAUUUGAAGAUUAUCUGUUGAAUGGAAAUUGUGACAACUCGCCCUACCAGCAGCUCCCAUCCCCCAAACUCCCGAAACAUGCAGAUAAAUAAAUAAAUUAAAAAGUACAGCGAUGUUAAGCAAUGAAUUUAUAUAUAGGCUUAUUAAUGUAAACUAUAUACGAUAUACUUAUAUAUUCAUAACUACAAGAGAGAAACGAAAACAAACCUAAAACAAAAAUCAAAAAUCAAAAAAGGGAAAGCAAAGUAGACGGCCGCUGUGCGGCUCCUUUGGGGUUGGCACAGUGGGACAAACUAGCUAUCACUCUACUUUUAUUUUUGGCCGAGCGCCGAGCUUACAAAAUUCGCAGCUAUUCGAUUUUUGGUUUUCCUCCUAUCAACUAAGUGCGCAUUACAAACUUGUCUAACAACAACUUUAGAAAAAUCAAAAAAUAAGAAAGAAAAUGAUAAAAUAAAAGAAAACGAAACGAAAACCUAUGUAAUUAAGCUUAAAACAGUUUAACUCUGUGUGUGUAUUUUAUUUAUUAUUUAUCUAUAAAUAUAAAUAUAUGUUCUUUUUGUCAUUGUUUAAUUAAUUUAUUGCUUACAUUACAUUUAUAAAAUGAAAAACAAUUAAACUCUAACAUCUACAUUUUGUCAUUACACUCAGUUUAAGUGGCAAAAUACUGUUAACCUGUUAAUGGGCAUUUAAAAAUUGGGGCUUGUUUUUCAAUGCCUAAACUUUACCUAGAAAAAAUCCAACCUAACUUUAACUUGCCUCACACACAAAAAGGAAAAUAACAAAUAAAAAAAUAUUAAAUUUAACGAAUUUUGAAAGCAUUACUUCGAGUACUUGAAACACCAAUUUUUGUGCAUAUUUAAUUUAUAAAUAAGAAACGGAAUCCGUUAACGAAUGUAGAAAGGCGAAUAAGUGAAUGGGAAAAUAUAUGAAAAUAUAUAAGUAUAUACAGAAGGAACGAAAGAGAAAACUAAUUUUUUCAUCGUCGUAACUUAUUAGAUUAUAGUGCCUUUUUUGCCUCCCAAAAAAAAAUCACAAAUGAUAACGAACGUGUAAACUAACAAAUGGUUUAUAUAUACAGAUCAUAUACAUAUACAAAUACAGCGAAUGAAAGCUAAUUAGAAAGACGAGUAUUGCGUUUAUUUUGUAACAAUUAAAGUAACCACAGCUAAUCCAAUAGAGUAUUGGAAACCUCAUUCAAUUCUAUAAACAUUUGUUUCAAAUAAAUAUAACAUAUUCUACCGUUUAUAUCGACAAUUUAUCGAAAGACUGUAAGGGAAAAUUGGAAAAGAAUUCAAGAGAAUUAAUUUCAAAAUUGUUAAUUUUCAAAAGUGUAAGAAUAUUUUUGCUUAUUUUUAUGAAAGGUUUCAACUUAUUUGAACAGUCAAACAUUUUAAGGAAAAGUACACUUUCUAUACAAAAAUGAAAUUAUAAGCCCUAAAAGGAAAGAGUUUUUUGUGCGAUACUGAAAAAAAAUGAUUUGCUAUUUUUUAGUCAAGAGCAAGUGUGGCCUAAAAUGUAUAUGCAUCGAAAAAAAACUCGGGCGACAAACAAGUCAAUUAAUUGCAUUAGAAAUAAACCGAACAAGAGAAGAAUGAAACAAAUAAUCAAAGAAACCGUGAAGCGAUUUAGAAUUUUAGCUUUGAGCUGUUGUUUUCUCACCCUCCUAUUUGUUGUUAUUCCGAAUUAUUAGCAAUCACAUCUCCCAAUUAUCAGCAUCAGUUUGUGAGCGUGUGAGCUGCAUUUGCAUACAAGUUUUCAUAUAAAUACACACACAUGCAAACACACGAGAAUUUAUAUGUAUAUGUAUAUAUAUAUAAAUAUAAAUAAAUAAAAAUAACAAAAUAUUCGAUGUACUACAGUGGGAAAUAUAGAGAGAGAUAAAGCAAUACGAAAACACAAAACGUAAACCAGAUAAAUAUAUUUAUUAUUAAAAAUCAAAUAAAAAUUAAUUAAAACUUUA